UUUUACAUUAACGGCGGCGUUGGUUUGGUCGGGAGCUCGAAAAAUAUGGGCACAGUUAGAAUGUGAUACAUUUAACUCAUGUUAUAUGUUAUGUAAAGUUAGUUUUAUACGCGGUAGGCGAGAUGUCUGGGUUUAAUACAGAGUAAUUUAGGAGGCCGUUGAUGUUUGUUCUCGUUUGAAGUUGAACGCUGAAGUUAGGUUAGCCUAGCUAGCAUCUCUCUCUCCCUCUCUCCAGUGGUUGUGGCCUCACUCACCCCGCUUGACUUCAGUCCUCUGGAAAAUAUGGUGUCCUGGAUAAUAUCAAGAUCUGUCGUGCUGGUUUUUGGAAACCUUUACCCAGCGUAUUACUCCUACAAAGCAGUGAAAACCAAAAAUGUCAAGGAAUAUGUGCGGUGGAUGAUGUACUGGAUUGUUUUCGCCCUGUAUACAGUGGUGGAGACCAUUUCAGAUCUAACCAUAGCCUGGUUUCCCCUGUAUUAUGAGAUCAAGGUUGCGUUUGUGAUCUGGCUUCUUUCUCCCUACACGAGAGGAGCUAGUGUCAUCUACAGAAAAGCUCUGCAUCCUCUGCUGUCCUCCAAAGAAAGGGAAAUUGAUGACUACCUAGUUCAGGCAAAAGAGCGAAGCUACGAGACUAUGCUGAACUUUGGCAAGCAGGGCCUGAGCAUCGCUGCAACCGCAGCUGUGACGGCAGCCGUCAAGGGUCAAGGAGCCAUCACUGAGAAGCUCAGAAGCUUCAGUAUGCACGAUCUUACCCAAAUCUCUCAAGGAGAUGUGUAUUCUGGGUACUCCAGCUCCAACCCAGACAGAAGAGCCAUCAUGGACCAGCCCGAUGGAGCUGAUUAUUAUCAUUAUGAUGAUGAUGAUGACCGGAGUGAUGAUGAGGGUAAGCCUGUGUACUCUGAGGAUGAAGCUGUGUCUUCGUACGGCCUCAGACGAUCUCAAAGCAUCAAAAUCACACGCUCAAGGCUGCGUAAAGAUGUACGUUAUGGAUCUCUGAAGAUCAAAGGGAGGAAACGGCCAGCGCUCAAUGCAAUGACUUACUCUAGCAUGGAGAACUGAACUCACUACUGAUAUGUGGGACAAAGUGUCCACUUUAUCAGUGGAUAACAAGUGUCUUCAUAUUCUUUUUCAUAAGGGCUGUGAACUCUUUCAUGUGGUCUCUUUCGAGUUUUUCAUGGAUAUACCAACAGAACUGUUUAUUACUUCUACCAGCACGAGUGUGUACAUAUAAUGAGUAUCAUGAGCUUUAGAGUAGUGAAAUGAGUGUCUUGAGAUUUGAGUUACGGGUGUUGGCUUUUGUAUUGCUGGUCUUUUGUCUGAAUUGGACAUUCAGAUUUCGAUUAGCUUCAGUAUUUGUGUUUAGAAAUGUGUUCUCUUUGGAUGUGGGUUUUGUACUUCAGUUGUCAUGUGUUGUUGCUGCCUUUUAGAUAUUUUCUUUUAAGUAGGUUUUUACAAUUUAGUUUAGGUUAUAAGCAAUGAUUCUGAUUCUUUAACACUUGAAAAUGAUUUGUCAACAUUAGACCAGAAGUGUCUCUUUAUCAGUUAUAGAGAACAAACCAAAGAUAUAGAAAGGCUUUGUUGUAUUAAUGUUGACUGUUUUAAAUUACAUGUUAUUAUUUAAAAAAUGACAGCAGACGAUUUUUUUAUUGAUGGUACGUGGAUUUCAAGAAAAUCCCUUUUGCACAUUCUUUAAAUCCUUGAUUUGUGAUCUCAAUUCAGAAUGUUUCUUUAUUUGGGAGAAAGUCCACACUAAUGUAAAAUCUCUUCUGUGUCUGAGCGUGCAGUUAAUUCUGUGCUGUUGUGUGGCUGGAUGUGUCAUUCAAAUGAAUGUAAUGAGAUGAAUAAAACCAAAGUAUUGUA